GACAGCGUAGAAGGAAACCUCCUGAGCCAAAAUUCCACCCGUUCACCGUCUCUCCUUCCUUUACCUCUCUCCUCCCUCCCUCGCUCCCUCUGCUCAUCCACCCAUGUAGCCACCUCGCUUGUCUACAGGGAUCCAACAGCAUCCAGGAACUAACUGCUGCUGAAGAACUGAGCUGGAGCACAGAUAAGAGUGGACUGGACACCCUCUUUUGGCACAAGCUGAAGACCUUGUCAGCACAGAUGAGGACACUGUUGCACCCUCUGCUUAUGGACUCGUGAUAAAGAGAUUGUGGAUUUUAUUGUUGCUUGCAACAGCUUCUUUACAAAUGACAACUCUGGGCUUGAAGACCACAUAAAUUAGCCCAUCAUGCUUUUGAAGUCAGGACUUUUCCUCACUUUGUGUCUGUUUACCCUCCAAGCAAGUCGAAUCAAAGACCUUCAUGACCACGGUUUUUCUGGACUCAGGGAUGUGAAGUACCGACACUUCCUAGAAGCUUCCCGACCGAUCAGACAUGCCACAAAUGUCAGGGCAGAGCAGGACGGCCAUCGGACAAAGAGGUCGGCGCUCCUCACCACGGGGGUCAAAGUGUGUCCCCAGGAGACGAUGAAAGCAGUCAUCGGCAGCCAUCGGGCCUAUUACAAGCUCAGAGUUUGUCAGGAAGCAAUCUGGGAAGCGUUUCGGAUCUUCUUGGACAGAGUCCCAAACUCAGAGGAGUACAGAGCCUGGCUCUACACCUGCCAACAUGAAAACCUCUGCAUGGACGACCUGGCCCAGAACUUCAGCAGCUCUCAGGAGCAUCUAGACAUGGUGGCCAGAAGAGUAGCCGAGCAAGCUGAAAUUGAAGGAGUUAUCCCUGAAACCCCAGGGCCAGAAAGGGAUUGCACCUGGACGCCCCCACUGAUUCUGCUACCAACCGAAGCUGCUGCACUUGAAGAAAACCCCAACAUGAUAAAAGAGAACUACGAGGAGUACAUUAUCGAGUUCAGAGUCACCAUUGUGGACCCGGCGUACAGCAAGCUGCUCAGGGACCCGGAGGUAGCACAGUAUGAUGACAUCACACAAGAGCUCACAGACAAGAUGCUUCAUGUGUUUGAAAAAGUUCCAGGAUUCAAAGAGAUUCGUAUUCUAGGAUUUCGCUCAGAGGAUGUGUCCGUGCGUUACGCCGUGGUUUUUAAUGGAGAAACAGAGCUCAGCGAUGACCCUGAGGGUCUCGAGACAGACGAGGAUGUGAAUGCUCCUAAACUGAAGCACAUCAUCGUAAAGGCCUUAAAACAGGAGCCGUCGCUACCGCUGGACAUAAAGACACUCAGCUUUGAGGCUGUCACCACAGUUUAUCCAGUUGCGGAGCUCGGCAUGAACCCUGCUGAGGACAUAUCUGAGGACGACACCACACAGAUGCCGACAGCGGACAGCACUCCUAUCCACAGUUUCUUCCCCACUGUGCCGGUGAUAGAAAACUCUUUGGAGGCUUAUACAAUCGAACCAGAAACACACACCUUUGUGCCUUUCAUCCCAAACAUCCUCCCAGAAAGCACCUCUGCUGUCACUGAUGAGACUCCUGUAAUGUCAGCAGUAGAGGAGGAAUCCACAGAAGGUACUGCUGAGGAGCCCAGUGGCAUUUUAACGCCAGAAACAGAAGAGCCGGAAGAGGAAGCAGAGCCAGAGGUGGAGGAGAUACCACAGACUGAGCCUGAUGCCGGAGGUGAGGCUGAACCUGAACCUGAAGAACAGGUGACAGACGAACCUGAACCAGCUGAUGGGAUCACUGAGGAGCUUCCAGAGCAACAGAAUGAGGACCUUCCCUUAGAAACUCCAGACUCCCAACCAGAAGAAGUCAUUACUGAUGCACCUGCUGAGGUUAACUUGGACCUGCCAGAGUCUACAGAUCCCAUUGUUACUGAGAUAUCUGUUGUAGAAGCAGCAGAAGCCAUCACCACACCAUCAUCUCAUGAGGAUGUCGUCCAAGGCAUUGAACCAGAAACAGAUGUGGAGCCUUUGCCAUCCCCUGCAGAGAGUGGCGAAGCCCCCGAGGAUGGAGACGAGUCUAGUGGAGGGCACAGUGGAGUUCCGCCGGUCUCAACACCCUUGCCUCCUGAGAACUACAACAUACAAGAGGAUGUAGGGUUAAGUCAGAACAGGACCAGUGUGGAAAUGAUUGAACCUCUGGAAGAAGACAGCGGGAGUGGAUUCCCCUCAGAGUCUGACGAACGUCCGUAUGAAUCCACGGCUGCACCGGCCAUGAGACAAGCCAGCACCCCUCUGAUGACCGCAGUGGAUAAGGGCAAAGAGUUAGUGGUUUUCUUUAGCUUGAGGGUCACUAACAUGAUGUUUUCUGAUGACCUGUUCAACAAGAGCUCCCCAGAGUAUAAAUCACUGGAGAAUACCUUUCUUGAGCUGACACAGCACUCUGGGUCCAGAAACUCGCCAAACCCUGGAGCUUCCAGUAAAUCUGGGCCUGGGAGACAGAAGACUUUAGCCUCCAUACCGCUUCUGCCAUAUCUACAAUCCAAUUUAACCGGAUUCAAGCAGCUGGAAAUUCUCAACUUCAGGAACGGCAGCGUUGUGGUGAACAGCAGGAUGAAACUGGACAAACCGGUACCUUAUAAUGUCACUGAGGCCGUUCACUGUGUGCUCGAAGACUUCUGCAAUGCCGCGUCUAAACGGCUCGACAUCGAGAUUGACAGUCGCUCCUUGGAAGUGGAGCCAGCUGACCAAGCAGACCCCUGUAAGUUCCUGGCUUGCAACGAGUUUUCACGCUGCGUGGUGAACAGUUGGACCGAUGAGGCAGAGUGUCUGUGUGAUCCAGGCUACAGCACGGUGGACGGCCUGCCGUGUCAGAGCACCUGCGCUCUGCAGCCGGACUACUGCAUGAAUGGAGGCCUGUGUGAGAUAAUCCCGGGGCAUGGAGCCACCUGCAGAUGUCCUGUAGGUAAAUACUGGCACUACCACGGAGAACGCUGCAACGAGCUGGUGUCAAUGCCAGUAGACCCUCCGUUAAUUAUAACCUGCCUCGUGGGAAGUCUCUGCUUUGUUUGUGCCAUCAUCGGCAUCUUGAUAUUCAUUAACAAGAAAUGUAUAAAGACCAGAAAGGCUGUAACUUUGGUGCACACCCUUGCUCCCUAUGCCUUUGAGAAUACUUUGAGGGAGAACCCCGUAUUUGAGAACGAUGACGGUGUCUUAACUCAAGUGUCCACAUUGCCAUAUCCGUCAAGUUCUGCUUCUUCCCAAUCCCAGCAGUCUGAACAGGAACAUUUUGCCUCAAUUGAAAACAUACAUCUGAGUAUUGAGAUCCCCAGACAACUCUACACAACAAGAUCAGAAAAGUUAGUCUCAGAAAUGGUUGACUUCCAUCACUGUAUACCACACAAUGAGACGUGGCGACCGCCGAAUGAAUACAGAACAUGCUGCCUUCUGAGGGCAUCAGAUAACGAAUGUUUUGAAGUAACAGUCCUUUGAUGGCACCUCGUUCGUGUGAGGAGCAGCCGACACAGGGAGACGGUGCGAAACACGAGGUAGCAGAGACAGAAGAUGCUGUUUAACUGUUUAUGGGAUGCUGUGGUACUGACGCAGGUACGGUAGACCAGUCACAUGGUGUUAUGUGUUGAGAUUAAGUGUUCAUAGUGAUCAAAGUGUCUUGUUAGACAGAGAGCUAUGGAUGUAAGGUGGACUUAGGUUGUCUGAACGUGGAACCUAAUAUUUAUUCUAUAUAUUGAAUGGUAGGAACAUUUCCUUUAUACCCUUGGCAAAGGUUGUUCUUUCCUCACAAUGAGGUAUUUAUUAUUUACAAAUUGAUACACAUUGUGGUAUCUUUAGACUGUAAUAUGUUGUAUAUUGUAAUGUUAUACUUGUAUAUAUACCAUACCAGUGUUGUGUCCCAAAAAGAGAAUGAAUGUAUAAGCUGUUGGGUCAUGACAUAUUGUCUGUAGAGUCAUCGCCUGCUGAGCUGUAUUUAUCACUUGGUCCUGUUCAAAACAACUCUUCCCACUAAUUGUGUGUUUUGAGAUUUGGAUUUUUUACACAUUUUGCAAGAAUAAAAUGCUUUUUGCAUAAAAA